CCGUUUAGCAAAGAACUAGCCAGCGCUAUCUCGGCCUAGCCCCUUCGUUUGGCCUCCUCGUGCGCCAAACUAGAAACCUCAAUUGAAGCUCUGCUCUGCUACUUUUUUUUUUCCUUUACUCUUUCCCUCUUCUCUUCUCCUUCUCAUCUUUCACUCUUUGCUCAACCUCAGCAUAGCUCUGAUAGCCAUCCUCCCUUGCGGGCUCAGACUACCACCAACACCUACCUACCCAAGGCCUACCACACCCUAACUCCUACUAUUUCACACGAUGUCGAGUCAGCCCCUCCUUCAAACCGCUCCUGGCAAGCGCAUUGCUCUGCCUACCCGUGUCGAGCCUAAGGUGUUCUUCGCCAACGAGCGUACCUUUCUCUCGUGGCUCAACUUCACCGUCAUCCUCGGUGGUUUAGCCGUCGGUCUCCUGAACUUCGGUGACCGCAUUGGCCGCAUCUCCGCAGGCCUGUUCACCGUCAUCGCCAUGGCAGCCAUGAUCUAUGCCCUGGUGACCUUCCACUGGCGGGCGCAGAGUAUACGUAAACGCGGCCAGAGUGGCAUCGACGACCGGUUCGGACCGACCGUGCUGGCGCUGGCGCUUCUGGCUGCUGUCGUUGUCAACUUCAUUUUGCGGAUGACGGAAUAAGCGGAGUGACGAGAGGUUGCUUGGAUUUGUUAUGACUUGGGGAGCAUUGACGAUACGAGACGGCACUUUUCCGGGGUGCGAGCCUGCAUGGGUCCUUGGAUGACCUAAAACAAAAACAAAAUAUGUGAAUGACUCAAGUAGAAGGUAGAUCUAUUUUCGUUUUGUCGAUGUCGGUGCUGGCCACUGAUUUUGUGUAUGGCGUUGACACUGCUGCUUUUCCAAUUGAUACAUGUUGCUCAAUGCUCUGUCUCUGUAUGACUCCGGGAUGAAAUUGAGUCGUCGUUAGGUGAGUAUGUUGGCGUGGCCUGGAUUAUCGUUGAUCUUAAAAGCUUGUUUUGGGCAGCAUUUUUAUCUACGCUCUUGUCAUAUGCCGCACAUGUUGGGCUCUAACAUGGAUCCAAUUGACGAGACCCUGCAACUUGCAUAACCCAGGCGCUAUUGGACGGGAAUGUGGAAUAAAAAGGUGAUUGUUUUUAUGCUCUCAAUUUGUGAUUAGUUCC